CAACAACAACAAGAACAACAACACUCGAAGGCGUAUAGUCUUCUUUCGCUGAGUGAUGGCGCGCAACCGCCGCUUUCCACCGUGCUUGCCUUGUCGGUCUCGGAAACUUGCUUGCGACCGCUCGCAGCCUACUUGCAACAGAUGCCUGAGAGCACGACGUAGAAUCAACUGCGUUUAUUCCGACUCAUCCGCGUUGGUGACGGCGGCCUCCGGUCAGAGCCGCGUGUCCAUCCCAGCUACCGAGAGGAAUAUUGCGGAGAGCCCACCAAAUGUCCUCCGAAAGCAUGCAAACGAUGAUGCCAUGAAUCAUGGCUACUUUGGGAAUACAAGCCACAACAGUUUGCUGGAAGAGACGCAGCGCAAUCUUUUCGGUGCCAAGCGCACGCUUUCCCCGUCAAGCUCUGCAAGGAAGAGAGUUCCAUCUCCGGUAGCCUGGGGGGACCUUCGGCCACCACUACGGGAGUCGGCUCUUUACGUCCUCCGUUGCUUGCGCGACCACCUAGACGAUCAAGUCUCGUUUCCGCCACCCUCAAGGGAGCGGCAGGGCUGGGUUCUUAUCGCCAUCGACCGUAUCCUGGCGUCACUGCAGGUGCAGUUCAAACAAUAUCUUCGUGGAAGCGAGUCGGACCUACACAUUCUGGCCGGAACUCUGUGUAACAACACCAGACAGCCGGUCAAAGAUGAACGAUGUGCCUCCUCGUGGAUUGAUCAGUUCUGCGGCAGCAAUCUGCGAUGGGAAUCUAUGGGUCUAUUGUGGGCGGCCAGCGAACAUGUAUCGGACGACGUCGAUUCCUUACGCAACAAUCCCAUGGAUUUUGUUACCAAGAGACGGUGUCCUGACACGGCCCGAGCCUGCUUGACUUACUCCAUCGAGCUCGCUCGUGCUUUCACUGAGGGUAACGAUCUCCUUCUAGACUUGUGUCGGCGAAAGGCAGUACUUGACUCUGUUCUGGACGGAGAUUCCCGGAUUCCCAGCUACGCCUCCCACGGCCUGGCUGUCACCAUGCUGACGUAUUUGGGACUCCAUGUACUUGAUAACGGAUAUGCUUAUCAGCCAUCCUUUUGCGCCGAGAACCAAAGGCGGCUAGCAGCCCAGAUUUUCGCAACCGAUAAGUUCGGGGUGGCGUUCACCGGCCGGCCACCUCUCCUUCCUCUUGGCUAUUGCUCGAUGCCACUGCCCCUCGACCUGCGCGAUGAGGACCUGGCGUCGAAUGAGGUGACUCUGAGCCAGGCGAUCGAGUCACUGGACGACCGCGGAUGGAAUACAGCUGGGGAGGUCUAUCCCGCCACCCUCAUCCGCGCCCGCCAUAUCAUCGCCGCCAUUCGAGAUGAACUCUUAGGGAUCGCGCUGCACAAACAUAAUUCGGUUGACAUCGAGCAGCUUCGACGAAUCAGGACUCAGCAAAUCACAGCCGCCGCCUCCCUCCCGUCAGGGUUGAUCUACCGAGCGGAAGACCUGGACGACCCCACCCUCCCCCUGGAGAGACUGUACUUCAAGAUUACCAUUCAGCUCGACCACCUCAAAAAUACCUUCUUCGUGGAGCGCUUACUGCAUGCCCACGGCCCGCCCGACACGCCGACCGACCUCCUUCUGACGAGCUUCGGCCUCGUGCGCUUGACCAUCGAGCUGUGGAAACGCCGCGACUCCUUCAGCAGUCCUUUCAUGCGACGUGACUUCGAAUGGAUGCUCCUCGAAUACGGGGUCCCUGGGGGCGGCAUCCUUUGCCAAGAAUUACUCCAGUCCACCUAUUCGGGGCGGUCAAAUUCUACGGCUCUGGCUCCGGGGUUGACGCCCUCGGCCAUUGUGCAGCAACUCAGCUUGCUGGUCGCCUUCCUCGAGUGGAUUCUCCGGAGGACCCCAACAAGCGCGUCUUGCGCCAGCUGCAAGCAGCUCAUCGAGCGCGUCCUGGACCACCACUUGAAUGUCCCGGCAGAGGCCCAAGGCGACUAUGAGGUCGCUGCCUGGACGGACCUGAACUGGGGUUCCAUCUCCCCGGUGCAUUUUGGGCUGGAGUUGCUGAAUACGUUCGACUGGGUGGGACAGGAAGGGUCGGGGUAGAGGGAUUGUGACGGGGACGAGGAUGGACACUCCGGGUCUUUCACUUCGGCAUCUGUACGCAAGCCUUCUUACAAUGUUGUAAUGUAGAGAUGCCACUUCUGGCUCG